UUUCAGUUUAACAAAUUGUUUUCGACUUUUACAAAAUAUUUGGGGGAAGACAAUCGAUGUCUGCAAGAGCUUGUAAUAAGCCUUUUAAAAGUUAUUUCCACAAAUGAGGAAGCAAGCCAGGCAAUGGCGCAGGACCAAGAUCUACUGAAAGGAGUAAACUUGUUUCUAUCAAGUAACACACAGACUGGUAGUGACGCCAGAGUUAUAAACUGGAACACUUGUCGAGCUAGUGGAAAUGCUGCUUCUAUCCCAGGCACACCAGAUAUAUACUCUGAAGAGUUCCCUCGAAAUUUUGAAAUUAAAGAUCAACUCGACAAGGGAUCGUUUGGGACUGUCUACCUUGUUGGAGAUUUGGAUAAAACUGAUGAAAAACGAUUUGUUGCUAAGCAAAUUUGGAUUAAAGCAAAACAAGAUACGAUUGACCUCCUUUUUGCAGAAACAAAUAUUCUAUUAAAUGCGAAACACGAAAACAUAGUUCAGAUGCACGGAUAUCAGAUAAAGGAUAUGUCAAUUUUUAUUUUCAUGGAAUUUAUGCAAAAGGGAACGCUCUCAAAGUAUAUAAAGGACAAAAAUGGAUUAAGUGAACUAAAAACUUGCUUAUUCACAAAACAAAUUCUAGAAGGAUUACUAUAUCUGCAUAGCAAAAAUAUUUUACAUUUAGACAUCAAAGGUAAUAAUAUUUUAUUGGAAGACGAGGAUAAAGUCAAAUUAUCAGACUUUGGGCUUUCUAAAAUAAUCAAGAUGGGGCAAGACCUGUCUUCUAUUUCAGGAGGUACCUCACGAUAUAUGGCACCUGAAGUUAUUACAAGUGAAUUGGAAAAUGAAUAUUUUUCAAGAGCUGACAUCUGGAGCGUUGGAUGUACAGUAGUUGAAAUGAUAACUAUGAAAUCACCCUCAGCUUCCGUUGAAAGCCAAUGUGUUUUGUUUAGAGUUGGAACAAAGAAGAAACCUGUUUUAAAGCUACCAGAACACACAUCUAAAGAGCUCAGAGAGUUUUUAGAUAAAUGUUUUACAGUUGAUUUUAAAGAGAGACCUUCAGCUGAAGAGUUACUACAGACGGAUAGUUUUCUAUUAGCAUAGUUAUAGCAUAUUUUAAUGGUAUUUAACUAUUUGUAAGAAGUCUGUAGGUAAAAAGCCAACGUUAAACAUGUUUUUUUACAUCAUACAACAUUUCCUUUCAACGUAUGUAUUGGCUUAAGCGUUUUGUUUUAUUACGUUUAAUGAUCUAAUAUAUUCCAUUUAAACUAAUAACGCACAUUUAUUGUUUACUAAACGGCAUUUUUUUUUAAAAUUGCAGGCGUUAGUUGUUUUACUUAGCAAAAAAUCACUGACAACAUAAUUUAUUGAUAGCAGUUCAGUACUUUUCCAAUCAGCGUUAUAUCUUUAAUAUUACAAGUAAGUUAGUUACUCUUUAUCGAAUACUCCCAUAUUAUUAAUCACUUUCCAAAAUAAUGAGAUAAAGAAAGGUGUUAUCAUUACAUUUCACACGUUUACUAUAUAAAAAGAGAUAUCAUUCAUUACGAUUAGAAUAAUUUAUGUUAGAUGACUUGCAUGUAUGACUUCUCAUGUAAAGAUGUGCAUUUUAGCUGGCUAUUGCUAUAUAUUUUAAAGUUCAUUUUAUUAAAAUAAUGAUGAAUUAACGUGUUUAAAUAAGAAAAUUUUAGAGAGACUGAGUGUCCAGACGUUUUAUCUUUGUAAUCACGUAACUUUGUGUUUUGACCGUCAAGCCUGUCGCACAGUUCUUAUUCCUAGCAUAAUAUCGCAAUGUGUGUUAGUCAUGUGUUAUUAUUUUAAACCCGUUACAAUUGUACUUGACUAAAUACAACUUCUAAAAAUAAUUGUGUAUCUCUAUUUUUGUAUUUUUUUAUUUUAUUUUAGAAGUAUUCAAUGCUCGUGUACAAACCGUAAAACAGUCAAAAUGUACAGUUUUGGUUUCAAGAAAAAAGUGAUAUAUUUUGCUGUAAUUGUAUAUAGGCCUAUGUAUGUAAUUUAUGUACUUCACAACCCGUCGGCUAAUACGCUAAAUAUUAUUAUAAUUUUUUAAAAUGUUUGUACAUUUAAUUCAAUAAUAAGCAGUGCUGCUAAAAUUACAACUGUUUUUAACUUCGAGCUUAUAGCUUUGUUUAAAUAUGUUGGAAAUGCUUGGUCAGACGGUAAAUCGCACGACUGCUCUUUGAAAGCCUCAAGUUUCUAUCCAGGUCGGACGUCCUUUAAUCCACCCAGCUCUCAAUGGUACCAGAUUUACGUUGGGGGAUGUAAAGGCAUAAUUUGGACCAGUAGC